AUGCGCCCUCCGUCUAUCUUCGGCGUGGGCACGGCUUUAGGCCUGGUGAGCAAUGCUUUUGCUGCUCCUGGUCUUUUGCAGGAGACGUGCCCCGAUAGUGGUAUUCAAGUGGUUGAAGUCCAGCCAUAUAAAGUUAUUUACAAUGGCCAGACCUCUACUACUGUAGUGACCCGUACUUACACCCAGUAUGCGGACUCGACUGGAACACCCAACUCUAAUGGUGCUGGCUCGUCGCCCCCGUCCAACAAUCCCGACAACUCGGGUCAGCCUGGUGGAUCUGAAUCAGACUGCGAUGGUUGUGCAACCGUCACAGCUACAGCUUCAGUUACUUUCCGUACCACCAUUCCACCUGAUACCCUAGGUGGAGUUUCUACUGUCAUUGCUGGCUACCCUCCCCCCGUUUGUCACGAGUGCAUUACUGUCACUACCACUGGCCCCAUUGCAUACGUCACUACUGUUCCCCCAGCCGCAUCUGGUGGCAAGAGCACUGUUAUUACUUGCAACAGACCGGAGACUGUCACUGUAACCCCCCAUGUCUGCCAUGAGUGUAUCACUGUCACUACCACUGGUUCCACCGCAUACAUUACUACUAUUCCACCAGCUUCAUCUGGUGGUAGGAGUACUGUCGUUACCUGUAACGGACCCACGACUGUCACCGUGACGCCCACAGUUACUAUCACCGGCAAUGUCACAGAACCAACAACAAUUCUCCCGUCGACUGGUACCCUACCAUGCACGGCUACAGUUAUUGUACCCCACCGAGUCUACACUACCCUGACCACAGAAGGGCCCAUUCCAGGAACUACAACCUUGCCAUUGCCUUCUGACUGUGGCGAGUCCUGUACCGCGACUGUCAUUGUCACCGAAGUCAUUAAUCACACUACUCUCACUACAACAGGGCCUGUUGCUGGAACAACGACUCUAUCAGUUACCUCAGGUUGCUUUAUCUGCACUGAGACUGUUAUUAUUACAAACACUCCUGGCUCUACUCACUGGGUCACUGUUACAACUACUGGUCCGAUAGCCGGGACGACUACUCUGCCUCUUACCUCAGGUUGCCUGACCUGCACUGAAACAGUAGUUAUUACAGAUAUCCCAACAGGCUCUCGACCUAUUACAACUGUUAUUACAACGGGCCCAACUGCAGGCACAACUACCCUACCUUUCCCCUCAAACUGCCCUACCUGUACUGAGACUGUUGUUUUGACAGAUGUCCCGACAGGGUCUAUACCUGUAACAACUGUAACUACGACAGGGCCUGUUGCGGGUACAACUACCCUGCCUGUACCCUCAGAUUGCCCUACCUGCACAGAGACUGUAGUCAUUACAGAUGUUCCAAGUUCCCAAUCUCGACCUACUAUUACAGUUACAACUACAGGCCCAUUUGCUGGAACGAUCACUCUACCUAUCCCAUCAGAUUGCCCUACCUGCACAGACACUGUAGUAAUUACAGAUGUCCCAACAGGGUCUCGACCUGUUACAACUGUGACUACAACAGGACCUGUUGCUGGAACGACCACUCUACCUGCCUCCUCAGACUGCUCUACAUGUACUGAGACUGUAGUUAUUACAGAUGUUCCAACCAGUUCCUACUCUCAGCCAACUGUCACCUCUACAACUACUGGCCCAACAGCUGGAACAACUACUCUGCCUGUCCCCUCAAGCUGUCUUACCUGUACCGAGACCGUUAUUGUUACAGAUGUUCCAACCAGUUCCUACUCCCAGCCAGCUGUUACAGUUACAACUACUGGCUUAACAGCUGGUACCACGACGCUACCUGUCCCCUCAGACUGCCUUUCAUGUACUGAGACUGUAGUUAUUACAGACGUUCCGUCGACUUCAAGCACCUCAACUAAUCCUGGAGGAGGUCUAACUACUAUUACCAACCAAGCAACCACUACAGGUUUGACUACCCUACCUGCUACAUCUGGAGGAACAACUACUGUUGUCACCUUUGCCACUCCAAUGGAAACUACUCUCACGUCAGGAGGGGUAUCCUUUGCUACAACUACCCUCCCUGCUACAAGUGGAGGAACGACAACCGUCGUCGUGUAUACCCCUACUGGAUGUCCUACCCCGUCAUGCCAGCCCGGACUUGCAUGGGACUACUAUACAGCUGAAAUGUCUGAGGAUGGGACAUGGGGACCUGGACUCAUUCCCCUCAACACCGACAGUGAAUCAAACGGUGCAAAUGGCGAGUUUAGUCAAGGGCCCUUUCAGGUUGUUCAGCAAGGUCUUACCCCAUACGCAUCUGGAACAACAAACGUCACUGGCUUUGAUCGUGUCGAGUAUAACCAGGUACUCGAUGGAGAAAACUUGAAGCCAGAUAAUCAAUGGUCUGUCUACAAUUUCUAUGGAAAUUUCUAUCCCUUCUACACCGGAGUCUAUACGUUCUGGUUCACCGACAUUGAUGAUGGCGCGGCAUUAUGGAUAGGUCCUGACGCAGCUUCGGGGUAUAUGAACCCUCAAAACUCUGUCGCUAGGGGUAGUUCGGCCCUUGACUUGAGGGGUAACGCCAACGCAACUGCCACCUUCCAAACCGACGCUUGUUCUAUCAUUCCUUUCAGGAUCAUUCUUGUCAAUGCUCAAACUGCUUCCAGUUAUUCUUUCACUAUUACAGAUCCAUAUGGAAAUAUCAUAAUAUUAUUAGGUGUCUAUAGAGUUCUGGAUUUGAAAAGGUCCGCAAUGCCUUCGUUAGCUCGUGGUUCGGUCCCCUCCCAGCCCUUCGAGUCCUCACUCUCCACCACCAACAGCUUCGAGAGCUCUGAUAGGUCCGGAUACAGGGGCUUCUUGUACAACUAUCUAACCAAACAGGGAAUCUACAAAGUAGACAUGGUUGGCUCCGCCAAGGCCGGCGGGAUGAGUGAUCCGGGCAACGAGGGCCACAACGGGGCUACAAUCUCACAGAUAUCGGGCUUUGCAGACCUAUCUCUUGGCCAGCGCCCCAAAGUAGUCCUGUUGCAUGCUGGUUCUAAUGAUUUGGGCAAUGAUAACGAUGCAGCACGUGCUAUAAACUGUCUGGCCGAUCUGGUUGACAAGAUCAUCAAGGAGUGCCUUGACGCUGCUGUUCUUGUAGCUGCAAUUAUCCCAGCUACGGACAGAGCAAGACAGGGUCGCAACAACAGUUAUAAUGCUGGCAUCGCAGCCCUUAUUUCCUCUCGCGCGAGUGCUGGCAAGAAGAUUCUCCUCAUGAACAUAGACAUGGUGCUGAUCACGGAUGGACUCUCUGGAGGCCUCCAUCCGAAUGAUGAAGGAUAUGGCGUCGUGGCGACACAUUGGGCUGGUGGUAUCGAUGAGGCGUUCCAAAGGGCUGGGUCAAAGACCCUGGUAAUCGCGAGUGGAAGUGUUAUCAACUCUACUGUGAGCCUGGAAAUACUUACGGCAAGUCCAAAGACUGUGCAGACCACUGCUCAGAAGACGAGCGAGUGCUUCUGGAUCGAUGGCAAGGGUGUGGCACCAGCCUUCAAAUCCACCAGUAGCAGUAGCUGCUCUAACUUGGAGAAAAAGGUUCCCAGUGUUUUUCUGGCUGAUAUUGACGGUGACGGGCGAGACAACUACCUCCACGUCCAAGUGGAUGGCGAGGUUUACAUGUAUUGGAAGGCUGGCAACGCUCCCGAUACGGGUGCCAAUUCUGGUAAGGUCCAGUGGCAGCCUAUGGGCGUCGUUGCGAGUGGCGGGGGGGCCAAGGGAUAUCAGGUUCGGUUUGCCGAUCUCAACGGCGACGGCCGUGCCGAGUUUCUUUGGGUCAAGGACUCUGGGUCUGCGACAGCCUGGUGGAACUGGGGGUUCAGCCAUGAAGGCUCUACUAAGUUUGUCUGGGGUCCAGCCUCGGGCGAGGAGAUCGCUACGGGCACCGGAGACGGUCAAGGCGUGCACUUUGCCGACAUUAACGGCGAUGAUCUAGCUGAUUUCAUACACCUCUCAGAAAAAGGCGCCGCUACCUUAUCAACCAGGGACGCCGCGACACAGGAAACUGGGGCUGGUGGGAAUGGGGCGUCGUUGCUACCAAGGUUGGCUCGAAGCGUGAGAAUAUCCGCUUUGCGUAAAUAA